UCGAACUUCCAGUCGAGCUUGCUCAAGGGUCUCCAAAUGAGAAGCCCGGAGCCACGCAGCUGGAAACAGAAAACUGCUCAAUUGAAAAAGCUUAGAUCCGGGAACAGGAAAUCUCUGGAUAGUUCAUCGGACGUCCGUGGUGAGGUUUAAUAACCCAAGCCGGAGUUGGUUGGAUAAAUGCAGCAGCUGCUACUAAAAGCCAAAAGCAAACUCGCCUCCCCAUCACCGUCAAAAUGUUCUUCUCAUCACUCGUCACCGCGGCCGCCCUUGCCAGCUCGGCACUAGCUAUGCCCUCCCCCUGGCGCGCAUGGAAGCACGCCGACGCGUGCCUGACCCGCGACGAGGCCACGGCCAUGGUCGACGUGUACAAGAACCUGAUCAGCGCCUACAAGGACGCGGACUGCGAGAAGUACUGCCACAAGGACUUCGCCGACUACUCGGACAGCAUCAACACCUUCCUCAACCAGCCGCUGGGAGGCCCCACGUUCGCGACCAAGGACAUCUUCAUGGCGGCCCAGAACGAGAACCCGCCGUUCCCCCUGGUGGUGGACAGCAUCGACGCCGUCGACUGCACUGUCAUCGCCCUGCGCUGGCACGCCACCUUUGGCGAGGCCAACCUGCCCAACAAGGGCAUCACCGUGCUCCAACUGUCCAAAGACUCCGGCGACUGGCAGAUCAAGCUCAUCGACACCGAGUUCAAUGCCCUCACCUGGCUGCGCGACAUGGGCGGCAGCUAUGAUUGGGAGGGCAAGACCUAUGGUCCCGAGGCCGAUGCUCCCCCCGCCUAAAGAGAGACAAGAGAGCAUCCCGCUCGAGUGGGGUCGCUACCUGUUCGUUUCCUGGCUAUUAGGUAGCAUCCCCGGCUUGCUGUUUGCGGCAUGAUGGAUAAAUUGGAGCUUGUCUUUCUGUUUCCGAUCGUAUGUACAUAUUUCGGAGAAUUCUGCGGCGAGCCUGGUUCAACGAACAGGGGAAGGCGGGAUCAGUAAAUACGAUAAGAUGCGCUCAUAUAG